GCUUACCCAAAUAGAGGAAGAAGGUUUGUUUGAAGUCCCCACCCUGACGUGCAGUGCGGUGCUGACGGAAUCACUCGCGGCCUGUUCGCUUUCUAGAUCAGUUCUGCACGGAACAAAUACCAGGGACAUCCUGUUUUAUUACUUUUAAACCCAGUUGGAAAACGUUGCUGUAACAAUGGUGUGUGGCGGGUUUACCUGUUCCAAGAACGCGCUGUGUUCACUUAAUGUUGUUUACAUGCUUGUUGGGCUUCUGCUGAUUGCAGUGGCAGCAUGGGGGAAAGGGUUCGGCUUGGUGUCGAGCAUCCACAUCAUCGGAGGGGUCAUCGCUGUGGGCUUCUUCCUGCUGCUCAUCGCCAUCGUAGGACUCAUCGGAGCAGUGCACCACCACCAAGUCAUGCUUUUCUUUUACAUGGUGGUUCUGUUUAUUGUUUUCCUCUUCCAAUUUGGAAUUUCGUGUUCUUGUUUGGCAAUGAACCAAAAGCAGCAGGUGCUGCUCCUGAACUCCACCUGGGGAUUGUUGGAGAACAACACCAAACAGAACCUGGAGAAUCAGCUGAACUGCUGUGGGCUUUUCAACACCAGCGACAGCUUGCAGCAGUUUAAAGCUGAUUUGCAAAGCUGCAAUGCUCAAUGCAAAAACAAAGGCACCUGUUCACUCUGCGGGGAAAAGAUGCUGAAUCAUGCAACAGAGGCUCUAAAGAUCCUCGGGGGCGUGGGUCUCUUCUUCAGCUUCUCAGAGAUCCUGGGCGUCUGGCUUGCUGUGCGCUACAGAAACCAGAAGGAUCCACAGGCAAACCCAAGUGCUUUCCUUUAGUCUUCCCCCCCAUCGCAGCGCAGGAUGUGCAGUUUUAGACACCCAAUAACACACAUUAAGAGGCAGGCUUAUAAACACAGUCCCAGCAAACGCACCAACACAGACUGGACGAGAUCACUCGGCACCUGACCAACACUGAGAAACGAAAUGCACAACAUUACCGAAGACACCCCACCUGUCCUCACCUGGAAGCUCGUGAAUGAUAGGACAACUCGUAUUUCUGGUAGGUUUACCUGUUAGGCCCUGAUUUGAGCACAGGUCUGCUGUUUCACAGGUGAUGAAAGAUCCCUGCAUGUGUUCUGCACCCGCGCACACAAUCACAUCCCACAUGCCAACUAGUGACUGGCAAAAAAUAACCUGUAUGCACCUUGAAGUUUCCCUCCUGUGAGUCGUGUCGUGUCACCACCUUACUGAUGUCCUGCUCUGGGCUGAGCAGGAGAAGCCUGGUGUAACGUAGGUCUGAAACACGUCUGUUUUAGUUCCCACAUGUCGGAGAGGCCAGGUUAGUUGUUGCUAGUCAUUGGGUUUGGGAUAUUUGUGAACUGUAACUGAGCCAACUAACAUUCAGAUGCCACAGACUGCAGCCUUGUACAUAGUUUCAUUUAGAACGCUGUAGCUCGGACACGAUUCUGGAUAGGUCCGCCGUUUCGUCAUCCACACUUUCUGUGUUGAACACCGUAUGUUUCCGGUGUGUUGCACAGUGACGUGGUGUAGUUUAGGUUCUGGUUGUAGAAAAGUGGAAUGAGUUGUUGCCACAUGUGUAACAGGAAUAAAUCACAAAUAAACAUGAUCAUGUGUUUGUUUUAGAAGGAAAAUACCCGUUUUUUUCGGUUGUGACUAAAUCUUUUUGAGAUGUUAAUUGUGAGGAUGUGCUUCUUGUUGCAAUCAUUGUUUUUAAAUAUGGAAGCAGUGAACCUUUUCUGCAUUUUAUUUUGUGAUGUCUGCAUUUUACAUUUAUCAGUGUUCAAUACUUUGUAAAUUAUGCUUGUUAAAUAUUUUCUGAAUCUAUUUAAGUUUUAUGCACAUUGAGCAGAUGUUGUGGUGUUGAUGUUUAAUUUUCUUGAUGUUAGACAUUUGCUGUUUAUAAAUAAUAACUUUUUGUUGCUCUUAACCUGAAGGACUAACAAUCUGUAAUGAAAUGUCUUACUUGAACCUGUCAUCUUUGCUGAUGUAAGUUGUGUGCUGCUGGUUUGGAGUUCUCGUUGAUGUAAACGAAACAUUCUGACCGAUCUUACGCCGUAUUCAUCCUGAAUUCGUGCACAUGUUGUUGAAAUGUGUCUUCAACUUUUGAAACUUAGUUUUCCAAAUAAUAAAACUUCAAAUUGCAAA